AGAAACUGUAAUUUUAUUUUUCUCAUUUCUGUGGCGGGGCGAAUUCUCUGUGGAAUUGCAUAAAUCCCUAGAUAAACAAAUCUCCACAAUUAUAAACAUCCCAAUGUUGCUGAAAGGAGGGGCUUUUCCGGCAUGCAACGCCGCCGUAGCCGUGGGCGAGAGCCAAGUCAAUUGCCGCUUUUCCGGCUCGAUUCGCCGCCCCAUUGGAAACCCCUCCUCCAUUUCGUGUAACCGGCUCCGGAAACCCCAAUUUCUGCGGGUGACGUCAGUCGCCACCGGCGAGGCGAAGAGCAAGCCCCAGGAGCCGAGCUACCAGCCGAGCCUCGCCGACCGGCUCCGGCUCGGCAGCUUGACCGAGGACGGCUUGUCUUAUAAAGAGAAGUUUAUAGUGAGGUGUUAUGAGGUUGGACUUAACAAAACCGCCACCGUUGAAACCAUAGCCAAUCUCUUGCAGGAGGUUGGUUGCAAUCAUGCUCAAAAUGUCGGGUUCUCGACCGAUGGAUUUGCUACUACACCUACCAUGAGGAAACUACAUCUCAUAUGGGUGACUGCUCGUAUGCACAUCGAGAUCUACAAAUACCCUGCUUGGAGUGAUGUGGUUGAGAUCGAGACAUGGUGCCAAAGUGAAGGAAGAAUCGGCACCAGACGGGAUUGGAUCCUCAAAGACUAUGCUAAUGGUGAAGUCAUAGGACGGGCUACGAGUAAGUGGGUGAUGAUGAACCAAGACACGAGGCGCCUUCAGAAAGUCAGCGACGAUGUUCGUGAUGAGUAUCUCGUUUUCUGCCCAAAAACACUUAGAUUAUCAUUUCCUGAAGCAAACAAUGCUAGCCUAAAGAAAAUAGCUAAACUAGAUGACCCUGCUCAACAUUCCAAAGUUGGGCUUGUGCCUAGACGAGCUGAUCUGGACAUGAACCAGCAUGUAAACAAUGUCACCUACAUUGGAUGGGUUCUCGAGAGCAUCCCGCAAGAGAUUAUCGACACUCAUGAGCUUCAGACAAUAACCUUAGACUACAGGCGCGAAUGCCAGCAAAAUGAUGUGGUCGAUUCUCUUACAACUCCCGAAUUAAUCGUCGACAACACAGUUUCGGAACUUCAUGCAACUAAUGGAACUCCAAAUGCUGCAAAAGAUGAAAACGAGUGCCUCCAGUUUCUGCAUUUGUUGAGAUUGUCGAACGAUGGUUCCGAAAUUAAUAGGGGACGCACUGAGUGGAGAAAGAAGAAACCUGCAAAAAGAUAGUCCCCAUCUGCCUACAUUUCAUCCUUCAUACAUAUGUAUGUACAAGCAGGCUCUUCUCUCUUUCUCUCUCGUCUCUCUCUUCAAUUAGUACUCGUGUCUUCGUUUGUCUUCUUUGUAAUUUUUAGUUUUUUAUUUUAUUUUUUACUUUAUCUAAGGAUUUUGGUUUGGAUUCUGAAAAGUCUUUCAUUUCGAACAAGAUGAUUGCUUUACAUUUGUUGUGCAUUUGUAUUUUUCUGAGGGAAUUUGAAAAAUUAUGUUUGUUUGCUAUUUUUCAA